AAACCACGAGUGCCUUCUUUCUUUCUCUCCCGAGUGAUUCCAACCGUGCAGAGAUUUGCUGGAGUGUGUUUGCUCUGUUGUGAAGGCGGAGGCUGUUUCACGGUGAUGCUGCUAGAGGAGUAUGGGUACGACUGCCAGCGCUGCUCCCCAGCCCACGCUGCAUGAGAGUUUCCACGGCAACGGGAUGAUGGACAGCAGGCGGUCGACAAGCAGCGCCUCCUUCCAGACACUCAACAUCCACAGCAACAAGGCCAAGUCCAUCAUCACUAAUAAAGUGGCUCCUGUGGUCAUCACGUAUAACUGCAGACAGGAGUUUCAGAUCCACGAUGAUGUUCUCCGCACAAACUAUAAAGUUGGGAGGAUCUCCGAUAAUAUGCCUGAGCACCAUCUGGUCCAGGGCUCUUACUUCAUGGUGCAGGAUGUUUUCAGCAAAGCGGACGUCCUCAGCACCAGCGGCUCGUACGGAGCGCCCAACUUCCGCCAGAGCAAAGGCAGCUUCCCGCUCUACGGCAUGGGCCAGCCCAGCCUGAGUGGCUUCAAACAGGUCCUCCACAGACUGCAGGGUCAAGGCCAUCAGGAGGUGAUUUUCUUCUGUUUGCGUGAGGAGCCCGUUGUGUUCCUGCGUUUGGAGGGAGACUUCCUUCCUUACACUCCCCGGAGGAAGGAGAACCUUCAUGAGAACCUGCAUGAUCUCGGACGCGACGCUUGCUCAGAGAAUCUAGAGCUCACCAUCAGAAAAGAGCUUCAGGACUUCGCCAAACUCAACGACAACGUGUUCUACGUCUACAACGACAUCGAGCAUUUUAAAGGAGAACCUCAGAAGAUCUCCAUCAGCUGUGAGGAAGACAUUCACGUCACAGAGGAGGUGUAUAAGCGGCCGCGCUUCACCCUGCCCACAUACAGGUAUUAUCGUCUGCCUCUGCCGACGGAUGGAGCGCCGCUGGAGGACCAGUUUGACGCGUUUGUGAACGUUCUCCGGGAGAAUCCAUCUCUGUCCUCGAGUCGUGACGCGUCGCGGCCUCUUCCGGCUCUGCUGUUUAGCUGUCAGGUCGGCGUCGGCCGAACCAAUCUGGGAAUGAUCCUGGGAUCUCUGGUGAUGAUGCACCUCACGCGGGCGGCACAGGAGCCGACAGCACCAGCUGAAGAGGAUGCAACAGACAAACCUAAAAUGCAGUUCCAGGUUAUUCAGACCCUCAUCAGGAAGCUUCCUAAAGGUCAAGAGGUCAUGGAAGAGGUGGACCGAGCCAUCGAUCUGUGCUCUGAGAUGCACGACAUCCGAGAGGCCAUUUAUGAAAACAAACAAAAGCUGGAGGGAAUCGGUGAAGACUAUCAGAUCCAGGGAAGCAGCACUAAAGAUUACUUCCUCCAUCGAACUCUACAGAGUCUAGAGCGAUAUUUCUACCUGAUCGUCUUUAAUGCUUACCUGCAUGAACAGUAUCCGCUGGCGUUCGCCUGUAGUUUCAGCCAAUGGCUGUGCUCUCACGCCUGGAUGUACCGCCUCCUCUCCUGCAUGAACCAAUCAGAGCUCAGAGCACCAGCUGACCUGCUCACGAAAGGAGCUCGAGUUCUGGUUGCAGAUGAAUAUUUAGCACCUGACGUUCUGAGCACCAUUAAGCAGAUGAAAGUGGCUAAUUUCAGACGAGUGCCCAAAAUGUCAAUCUAUGGGAUGGCACAGCCGACAUCUGAGGCGACGGGAGCCGUUCUGGAGUAUCUGACGGAUGAGAAGAGGAAACACAGCAGUGUAUUGUGGGUAAAUUUGCAGGAUGAGCUGGUUCUGGAGGCCAACGGCCAGAUCUUCUGUCCCAGAGAGCCCACGCGUGUGGACCAGCACAUAUGUGUGCUCUCCUCACAGACGCACCAGAUCGAGAUCGAGAGGCUGGAAACAGCUCUGAAAGAGGAAGUUGUGGGAAGUCAGAAAUGGAUUGAAGUGACUCUGGAGCAGGAGAAGCAGAUGAAGAUGUUCAAGAGCUGUUUGACGGUGCAGGAGAUCUUUAACCAGCACAAGAGUUCACACCAGGGACUGCAGUACAGACGGAUACCCUUCCCAGAAUGCUCUUCUCCGACUGAAGAGGGUUUUCCAGAGUCUUGUGAGGAUGAAAUCGUAAGCGUUCCUGAUGCCAAAUACACAAAGGGCGAGUUUGAGGUGGUGAUGAAGUUGGUCCGCUUGCUUCCUGACGGUCACCGGAUGAAGCGGCAGGUUGAUCUGGCGUUAGACUCCGUCAGCGAGACCAUGACACCGCUGCACUAUCACCUGCGGGAAAUCAUCAUCUGCUCCUACAGACAGGUAGAGGGCGCUCUGUCAUCUCAUGCACUGAUAGAUUGUGUCCUUGUGGCGGCUCGGGCUGGAGUUUAUGAGCUGUUGAAUCAGUUGGGCUUCUCUGAGUUUGAGGACCUGAGAGACUCAACCCUCUGUCAUCUCCGUCACCGUUGGCAACAGCAGAACCGCCACGGGCUUCCGUUCAGAGGAGAAUUCAUCUGAGAAACGCUUGUGGAAUCCGCAGUACUCUUGUUCAUUUGCAGGAUGUCCACCUGUUUUUGAACAAUAGUUGAAGUGUAAAGGACUAGAUCUUAAACCCACUGUGAGGAACUUUAAUGAGAACACAAGAUGAGGAUGAGGAUGUUGCAUGAAUAUUCAUGAGCUCUCACCUGUGGAUGCUCAUUUGUUAAUGUCUUUCUGUGCAGGUCUCUUACAUCUAUAAUUAACCUAUUUUUAAUUUAACAGGACUCUUUUUAUGUCCAUUUAGCUUUAGGUGAUUAUUUGUUGUGCAUUUGCUUGUAUAGUUUAUUCACUCAUAGUUUAUUUUUAACAUUUGAAGGCUGCAGGAACUGUGAUGUUUGUUUUAUAAAUGAGCGUUUUUCAUGAUGAAGACUUUCAUAAUGGCGGUCUCCAUUAAAAAUCUUUUGUA